UUUAAUAUAUAAGGAGAGUGAACGAUUGUGUUCUAUUUCAGUUUUGAAUCUUAGUGUACAGAUCAGGCGAGUUGACUAAGCUGAUCAGUCAUGGCGUCUUUGCCCUUCUUUGCUGCCUUGGUUCUGAUGGUUACCACGGUCAAUCACGUUCUUCAAGCUUCGUAUGUUCCUGUUACCCCAUCUCCUGCUCCUCCAACAUGCGCUACGGUAGAUUGCCUACCGAACCAAACGUGCAAGAUGUACAAUGGCGUCCCCAAAUGCAUCAAAAUCCCUGGCUCGGACUGCAACAUUGCAUGUACUCUUGAAUUCAAUCCUGUUUGUGGGUCUGAUGGCAAUACGUAUUCCAACGCAUGUGAACUGAAGGUUGCUGCAUGUAAGGCUGGGACAGCGAUCACCGUUGCUAGUCACGGUGCCUGCCCUGUCGGAUGUGAAGCUGUCACGUGCUUACUUCCAAAGGUUUGCAAGGAGAUCGAUGGACGUGGAACAUGUGUGUGUUCAACUGCAUGCCCCAAGAUCCUUCGCCCCGUGUGUGGCUCAAAUGGGGUGACUUAUAACAAUGAAUGUCUUCUCAAAGUUGAAGCAUGCAAAACAAACAGCGAGAUUACAGUCGUGAGCCAAGGUCGUUGCCCUACUGGAUGCGCAGUUAUCAGGUGCGCAGCUCCCAGAGUCUGCGAGGAGGUAAAUGGUGUUGGAAAAUGCGUAUGUCCAUCCAUUUGUCCUGCAGUAUUUCAGCCAGUAUGUGGAUCAGAUGGCAGGACGUAUAGUAACCAGUGUCAUCUUGCUGCUGCUGCAUGUAACAGUAAUAGGACCAUUACAGUGGUUAGCCAAGGACCUUGUCYACUACCAACACCAACUCCAACUUCAGCCCCAAACUGCGACCCUAUCAUCUGCGCAAGCCCUAACGUCUGCAAAUUCGUCAACGGUCAGUCCAAGUGUAUUUGCUCGAAGUUCUGUACCCUGGAAUUUGCGCCUGUGUGCGGCUCAAACGGACAGACUUACCCCAAUAAGUGUAAUCUACGCGUGGCGGCUUGUGAGGCUAACAAGAGAAUCACAGUAGCAAGUGAGGGGUCAUGCCCACCCAAAAUCACUUGCGCAAACGUACUUUGUACGAUUAAUACGGUAUGCAAGAUGAUCGAUGGCAAACCAGUGUGUCUCAGUUGUCCAGAUGUUUGUCCCGAGAUCUACAAACCCGUUUGUGGUUCCGAUAAAGUCACGUACGACAAUGAAUGUAAAAUGAAACGUGCAGGCUGCAAAAAGGGAAGGAUUAUUACUGUGCUGCACAAUCGACCUUGUGGAAAAGUUUGCUUCAAUUAUAAGUGUGCUUCGCCACCAUACUCCAAGUGUGAGAACAUAAACGGCCAUCCAAAGUGCGUGUGCAAGUUCUUUUGUGACAAGAAGCAAGAUUUGGUCUGUGGUUCGGACGGCAAGACAUACAACAAUAUCUGCAUCAUGAAACAAAGAGCAUGCGAAGCUAAAAAGAACAUCACUGUCGCGAGUAAAAGCUUAUGUCAUAAUCCCUGCUUUCAGUCUCUUCCUUGCAGCAGCCCUCCAUACUCAUUCUGUCGUCCCGUGAACGGAAAAGCAAAGUGCGUCUGUAAUAAAGUUUGUCCAAAGAUUUACGCGCCCGUGUGUGGGUCGGACGGGAAGACCUAUAGUAACGAAUGCAUAAUGAAGGCAACUUCUUGUCGAAAGAAUAAGAAGGUUACUGUGAGUAGCAUCGGCAAAUGCAUCAAUCCAUGCCUGGCCCUUAAGUGUACUAACUACGCUACUUGUGAAGUGCAGCAUAACGAGGCAGUGUGCGUCUGCCCAAAGGCAUGUACAAAGAUCAUCAGACCAGUAUGUGGGACAGACGGAAGAACAUACAACAACAAAUGCCUGAUGAAGGUUGCUUCAUGUAAAAGAGGCAAGAAGAAGAUCAAGGUCAGAAAUGAAGGAGCCUGCGUCAUUGAACCCGUAUAUUGAGUAAAUGAUACAAGGCCCCUCAAAUGGACAAGAUGCCAGUAUCCUUUAGACACAAUUUGCUAAGUGUAUUUGUUUACUUUGCUAUUUAAAGUUAAAGGACCGGUCAUUAUUAACCGCUAUAU